AUGCAGUUUCUAAUGGAGGAUGUACUGCAGAACAGCUACGGCUGUGCUGUGGAAGAUCACGCUCACUGUCAAGCCUCGUUAGCUAAGAGCAAGCAGCAGAAUUUGGCAGAAACGGUUGACUCAAGCGCUAACUGGAUGCAGAAUAGCAAGAAGACGUGCAAACUUUUGCUGAGGCAUCAUGAUCCGGUCAUAUCAUGUAACUUGCUGAGAUCUUUUCUGAUACUAUGGAAGCAACUAGAAAUAUUAAAGGCAGAAUGGGGCCGGCUGAAGCUGAGGACCGAGGAUAUCAAUACAGUUCCUCUCUACAAAGAGUUUUGUGAGCAAUAUGGCGCAGAAAUACUGUACCCGGCCAUGAAAGCCAUAGUCAGACAAAUGGGCACAGAGGAGGAGUUUGGAAAGCCCGUUACAAGCACUCAGCAUAUACUUCCCCCCAGAGGAGCAUCAGAAAUCGAAAUGAAAGUGUACCAGCUUCAAAAGCUUCUGGAAAGCCUAGAAAUCCACAUGAUCCAUGAUGUGCAGAAGAAAAUUAACCAGGAGAUGACUCUAGUGACAUCUGAAAGAGCCAGACAAGAGAGCAGUCUCCCCACUGAGCUCUGGAAACACAGGGUAAUGCAAGAAAAUUUCUCAGUUGUACGACCACAGAUAGCUGAAACAUUUGUUCAAAGGCUGAUGGAAAACUACCAGGAAUCAGAUACAGAGGUUACUUUUAAAAAAACACAUUUACAACAGUGUCUCACCGUACUGGGCUGUGACAUCAUGGCCAGAGAGCGCAGCAACUUUGAGACCUACUCCAUGUUUUAUGAACAUAUUCUCCAGCAGCAGCAUCGUCUACUUUACCAAAAAGAACAAAUUGUGGGACUGUGCCAUGGGAUGAUUAUGGAAAUAACUACUCUCAGAGCCCAGCUUGCUGACUUAGAUGAAGAAAAUCUUGGUCUCAAAGAGAAGAUUAGAAAAGAAGUACGGGAUGAAUAUGAAUCAUUAGUGCGGAACCUAUUUGUAACUUGUGUCCAUCUAAAAGGGAAGUUGGAUGUCUAUCGCCUUAGCAUUGAGCAACGAGUGUUUGAAAUCAUCAGUGAAGUGAGAAGAGAAGGAGUUGACAAUAUGAUUGAUCUGAAGAAAAAGUUUGGCUCCACUAAAAAUAAUGGUGACUUGAAAGAACAUUUGUCUAAAGUGAAUAUCAGAGAGGUUGAACUUGGAUCUGAAGAAGUGUAA